AUGACUUCCGUGGGGUUCCCUUGUGACAUGAACACAAGUUCUUCACUCACCUUUUUGGCGAACUUUUAUUUCCACACCAAAAAUGGUGUGGAUAAAAAUGUAAGAACGACUGACCGCUCACGGAUGGAGUUUUGGGUGCAGCGGCUGCCCACCGUAAUUCUUCAAGAAAUUUUCAUGGAAGUUAUUAGAAGUGAUGGAUUUUGUUUUGCGUGGGUGGGUAUACUUUCCAGCGUGUGUCGGUCGUGGUAUUGUGCGUGUCAACAUCCCGUCAUGUGGGCAUUUAUGGCUAAAAAGGUGUUUGUGGCAUAUCCGCUUGUGCUGCGGGCGCAAGCCGUUCCCGAAGACAAAACAAACCUGCGAAUGCGAAGUGUUUCGAAUCCCAUUAUUGAUGAUGCUGAUGAUUUUGGCACUGUUUCAAAUUCUCGCGAUGCAAUGGAACUGCCAACUCUAAUGACCAACCAGUCUUUGCGUCGGGCCAUAGAAGAUGUGAGGCUUUUCGACGAGAGACGAAGUUAUCAUACUUAUGUUAGACAAAUACGUGUGCUUGUGCUGGGAAUGAUGCUGUCAGGCACACUUUUGCUCUUCUCCAUGUUUCUAUUCGUCACAGUUUGCGUCCUUGAGGGAAUCAAAUUGGGGGGAGUAUUCACAACUUAUGCCGCACUCUCUUUCUUGUGGGCAACGUACUGGGGUAUUUUUACCAUCAUCAUUGCAAACAUUGUGAUGGAAGCGCACUUUGAACCCACCCCACUCUUUCCGCGUCUGCGAAAGAAUAAGCCGUUGAUACUUACUUCAACUGCUAUACUGCUGAUAGGCCUCUUCACUUUAGUUCUCCCAACCUUGUUGGUGCACAUCAAUUUAACCCGUGAGGAAAAGUUCAGUUGGAUGUGGUGUGGGGCCACGCCGCUCCUUUUCCUCCUCAGUUGGCAAUUGUACGUCGUUUUGUCUUGCUUCUCUCCUAGCAAAUGGGGUGAAUUGUUAAGAUCACCGCAUGUAGUUCUCAGACCUAUGAAAGUGGUCAUGUCGCUCAUUUUGAAUAUCCCUCAUGCGUUCCCAUUUUGCUGCGCUGUGGCUUUAUAUUCUCUUCUGCAAUACAUUCAAUAUGGCGGUCGUACAUAUUUGCUUGUUGCUGUAUUUCCUCUGCUUGCUAGUCUUCCCAUUCUUUCUACGUUAUUGCUACUCGAUUUCUACAUGAAGCGCCAAAUGCGAGAUCUAUUGACCGGAGUUUCUCUUCUCCUCGCAUCAAUUUUCCCCCUUUCGUUGUUUUGGACGGAUUUUCGUGGAUUUUCUCUUCUACCACUGGCGGCUGCUUCUCUUCUUUUGUUUAUCACACAUUUCCGGCAGGUGGCGCAGCAGUCGAUGUUGGAACUUGUAGAGGAGAUCCAGCGAAACCGAAGGCCCGCGAGGUGGCGGCGCAGUCACUCUGUGCGAAUGUAG